AUGAGGCAAUUGCUGGCGCUUGACGGCAUCAGCAUCUUCCACAUACUGGCGGCCUUCCGCCCGCAGGCACUGAUGGUGCUCCCCGAACGACGGAACCCCACUAGUGCAGCCAUGCCCGAUAUCAUCGCCUUAUUGUCGGAGAGGUUGAGCGACUGUUCACUCACCGAAGAUAUCGAGGCGAGCGGGAUGAAAUUUGAAGAGGUCAGCAGCUCAGGUUGAUUGAUUCGUUGGUUGAUUUGUGUGUGGUCACACGGCGUGAUGUUUGGUGCGUGUGCUUGUCGUUUACUUUUGCUUGACAGGCGAAGAAAAUAGUUACGGAGUGGUUUGACGCCAUCUCUCAGUACGUCGUUGGCACAGCGCCUCGGUUCGACGGAUCCAAUCUGUUGGAGUUCGUCCACAAGUCGCUGCUCGGCUAUCGCUGGAAAGUCAAGAACCACUACAGCGACGAUGAUCGCCUGCGAUGGGAGCUCAUGAGGGGCCUGCGUGUCGACUGCUGCGACAUGGAGCAAAUCAAGCACUUUUGCUCUGCUGCACUGGAUGAGUCAGGGCAGUUGAGAGAGUUCUCCAGACGGGAUGUCGUCGCUGCCCUUCUUGCCCUGCCACACCAGAACCACCUGAAGGCCACCGUACAGCACAUCAUCAACCACAGCGGCGAUUAUGACCUAAGUUAUGUCUGUGAGGGGCUGGUGGACAGGCUCAAAUCGCUGUGCACAAGCGUGCGUGGAGACAUGUUUCCGACAGAGGAUGCAGGUGAGAGGGCGUGAGUGUCAGGCCGUGGCGUGUUGGUCCGUGUCCUAUUGUUCUGCUCACUCUUUUGUGCAGCGUCAAAGGGAUAUAACGAGCUUGACGCUGUUCUUGGUGUGUUUGACGAGGCAGAUCAGGCCCGAGGUUCGAGACGUUCCCAGUGCUCAACUCCGUGUUCAAAAUCUCUCUCUUCUCGGUAAACAGAAAGGCGACCAGCUUUCUUGCCGCUGCUAGUGUUUAUUGUGGGUUCGUGCGUUCUCGAUUCUUUAUCCUCUUCAGGUGCCUGUCGCUCAGAGAUACGGUCGGGCUGACGACAUGCUCCGCAAGGUCUGCAAAGUGUUGGGGUCGCCUUCUUUCCGCACCUGCCUCAAGGAAGACUGCUACGUACGUAGCAGUGGUUUGUGCGGCGAAUUGCCCGGCCUUCCACGGUGGGUGGUGAGCUACGUUGGCGGCAACGUAGAUGGAACCACAUCGAGAGAGAAGGUGCGCGGAAAGCGAUCCCUGUCAUUGCCACAAUCCAUUGUUGAGUGACUCUCUCAUCAGGUUGUCUUGGUUUGUGAGGCACUGGCGAUCCUGUGGGGAGAGAGCGACUCAGGCGAGCCCACCAGAUGUGUCGUCCGCGACUUCGCGGAGUGUGCCGUCCGCGACUUCGCGGAGGAGAUCGUGAGAGACCACCUUCCACCCGAGUUCUUCUCGUGUUUGUUUCGAGACACGCUGGACGCCGUCCCAUCACUGCCUGCCGGCCUUCAGAAUGUACGCCCCCACAUCUCCUCCGCUCCCCUCACUGUGUGUGUCUGUCAGGUCCUUGUCAGCAGGGCUCUGGCAGUGGCUGCUGAGACCAACCAGCUGGACAACGAUACGAUGAGAGCGCUCCAGCUGGCUCUUCUCAAAGAGCACGAGUCCCACCGGCGCCAGUGCAGAGAACUCAGCAGCCAGCUGGAACAGGCGAAGAGAACCGAGAAACAUCUAGACGACAUGCUGCACGACCAUAGAGAUCGCGACAAGGAGAACAAAGCCACCAUCCGGAGCCUUCGCUCGAGAAUCAGCGAGCUCGAGGAGGCGCGGAGGAGACCGAGGUGCAAGGCGCCUGAUUGUGAGAGAGACCACACCGUGCACUACUGCAAGGAAUGCAACACGACCGAUUCCGACCACCGCUCGUCCAAGUGCCCGCACGGCCUCAUCGUCUAUCAUCAGACCAGCAAGGAGUCGGCCCAGUCGAGUGAGAAAAAUGGCAUCGACAUCAGCAAGUGUCGCGCGAAUGGCUAUGCCGGGCAGGGGUUCUAUGCUGCCAAGAGCGUCGAGGACACCGACCGCAAGGCCUGUGCAGGGACGGGGUGGAUCGUCGAGCUGUCUGUCCGCAUGGGGCGGAUAAUGGAACUGAAGGGAGCCGAUCACCAAUGGACGGGCGAGAAGGUGCGGGCGGCGGGAUACGAUUCCGUGAUCAUCACGGGGACCAAUGGGAUGGAGUUCGUCAUCUACGACCCCAAACGCGCCACUGUGCUGAAAAGAUACCCGAGGCACCCGCAGAACUGAUGCGGACAGGACGAGAGCGUCUUCGUGGGUGCGGUUCCGUGGAUGGUUUUGCUCAUUGCUGGAUUGCAUGGUGCUGAGCUGCAAGCUUAGUUUUAUGUGUUCUGCACUGCCUUUAUGGUUCGUGUGUGCGUGGCGUAUGCAUGUGAAUGUGUGUGAUGGCAUCUGUUCGUCCAUCGUGGCGUGAUGCAAUGGUUAUUGCACCCCGUGUGUGUGUGUUCCUCGGCACAUACCUACACCUUCCUGCUCCAUGUCUGCCUGCCUGUCUGUGGCUGCGUGUCAAUUCAUGCGAACGGACCAACCACUGCACUGCAUGUAUGCGUGCGGGCGGAUUCGAUUGCGUGUAUCAGUGUUAAUGAGUGAGGAAAGCAGGCGUCUACGCACCAGGGGG